CCGGCCUGGCGGGUGGAUGGUAUCUGGCUCCGCGGGCGGCGGUUCGAUGGCUCGGCGCUCCCCGGCCUGGCGGGUGGAUGGUAUCUGGCUCGGCGCGCGGCCUGACGGGGUCGGAAGCAGCCGCGGGCCUGCCCCUGUGCCCGCCCGCUGGCCGCGGGGAGUGUCGGCGUCCGGGCUCAGUCCGUCCGCGCCCGCGAUGGUUUAAAGGCCCCGGGUCAGCCCCGCAUCCGGCAGUAGCCAUGAACCUGCUGCCGGCCAACCCGCACGGCAACGGGCUGCUGUACGCCGGCUUCAACCAGGACCACGGAUGCUUUGCAUGUGGAAUGGAAAAUGGAUUCAGAGUUUAUAAUGCAGAUCCUCUCAAAGAAAAAGAGAAACAAGAAUUUCUAGAAGGAGGCGUUGGCCAUGUUGAAAUGUUAUUUCGGUGCAACUAUUUAGCAUUAGUUGGUGGAGGAAAAAAGCCAAAAUAUCCACCGAACAAAGUGAUGAUCUGGGAUGAUCUGAAAAAGAAGACAGUUAUUGAAAUAGAAUUUUCAACAGAAGUCAAAGCCGUUAAAUUGCGAAGAGAUAGAAUUGUGGUGGUUUUGGAUUCCAUGAUUAAAGUUUUCACAUUCACACACAAUCCCCACCAGUUGCAUGUCUUUGAAACCUGCUACAACCCUAAAGGUCUCUGUGUCCUUUGUCCAAAUAGUAAUAACUCCCUUCUUGCAUUCCCUGGGACACACACUGGGCAUGUGCAGAUAGUGGAUCUGGCUAAUACAGAAAAGCCUCCUGUAGACAUACCAGCUCAUGAAGGAGUCUUGAGCUGUAUAGCUUUAAACCUGCAGGGAACAAGAAUUGCAACAGCUUCAGAAAAAGGGACUCUCAUAAGAAUAUUUGAUACUUCAUCGGGGCAUUUAAUUCAGGAGUUACGAAGAGGUUCGCAAGCAGCUAAUAUUUACUGCAUUAACUUCAAUCAGGAUGCUUCCCUAAUUUGUGUAUCAAGUGACCAUGGCACAGUGCAUAUUUUUGCUGCAGAAGACCCCAAAAGAAACAAGCAGUCUAGUUUGGCCUCUGCCAGCUUCCUCCCCAAAUACUUCAGUUCGAAAUGGAGCUUUUCCAAAUUUCAGGUUCCCUCAGGCUCUCCAUGCAUUUGUGCCUUUGGAACAGAGCCAAAUGCUGUCAUAGCAAUAUGUGCAGAUGGUAGCUACUACAAAUUCUUAUUCAACCAAAAAGGGGAAUGUUCAAGGGAUGUCUAUGCUCAGUUUCUAGAAAUGACAGAUGACAAGCUUUGACUAAACUGAGGAAGAAAGUGUUUUGGUCAAAGUACUGCCUUGGUUAUUCUGCUUCUUUAGAAGGACUGGGUAUGUCUGUCCAAUACUGAUCAAGAUGUGUAACAGACCUCUGAGAAGCCUGGCCCAACAUGAGCAGAACAAGCUCUGAUGUAGAGGACUUCUAUCUAUGUUAAACUCGUAUGCUUUUUUUUUCCAAUGGGGGGAGGCGGAGAAGGGGGUUCUGUCAACUCUUCAAGAAGUGGUGUUAAAACUGUGAAAUUGAGUGCAGAUGAGUGUCUGCCACAUGUCUGAGGUGUGUUGUUCAAACUUCAGGCAAGGAUGUGAAUUUCAUGCACUAUAUUACAUCACUUCCUCUGAACCUCUUUGUGGGGGCAGGAAAUAACUGUAAAUACUAGGUAACUAGACUAGUUAUACCAGCAACUUGCCUUAGAACAGAAGGGAAGAGGACACAGGUGGCUAUAAUAAACCCAAUCUGAACUGCACUUGCCCUCUGGCCAUAAAUUGAUAGUCAGUCAUGUACACACUGAUGUUCUUGGUUAAGUUGAAUUAACUAUCAGCACUAAUGUAAUUUUCAGUGGUGCCAAACUGUAUAUAUUAGACACACAGGCACAGUUAGGUACUGCUGAUGUGGUUAACCACUACUCAGCAUAUGAAGUAAAUUGCAUAGGAUACUAUGGCAAAUGAAGUUCAUGUUUGAAGGGGAUGCUGCUGCUUCUAUAAUGAAACAUAUCCAUGCCAGCUAAAAAUUUAAGUUUUUUAGAAGCAAUCCAAUGCAACUGUUAAACCAAAAUACCAACUCUCUGAGCUUCAACCAGAAGACUUCACAGGCCACUUAAAUACAGUUUAAAGUGGGUGAGGUGAAGUACCACCUUGUGAUGACUCUAAAUCUGCAAAGCAUUUUUGAAGUGUUGCAUGUUGAAUGGUGUCUGCCUAGGUGCAGUUAGGUCAAAUCAAACAGCUAUCAACUGACUUGCAUCCAGCUUUGCCCCUGCCCAACUAUUUGGACAACGCUGUAGCCUUGAUUUUUGGAAAUAAGGCAUAUACCAUUUUCUUAAACAAACAAAACACUCAAUUCCUAGCACUAAUUACAGGAGGCAUAUUCAUACAAUGAAACAUCCUGAAAUUAAAGCAGAGGCAAAGUUGAAGUUCUAGUUCACUCAAGAUUUAGCUGCAAAUUAUCUAAAUUUGGCAAGUUUCAUUAGCAUCUGAUAAAAUGGACCAAGGACUAAUUUUAUGCAGAUUGUGUGGUCAAGUUUGCAUGUUGCUUUUAUGUGUAUUUAAUCAUUUGUUUUGCACACUAUUUGUAAUGUUUCUUUUAAAUAAAUGACUAAUUUUGCUGUA